AUGGGCAAGGAACCAGCCAUUUUUGAUCUCGGCAAGGGCGAGGUCAUCAAAGGCUGGGAGGCAGGUAUUCCUACAAUGCGCGUGGGUGAGGAAGCUCGCCUCACCAUCGCCCCCGAGUUGGCGUACGGCGUUGAGGGUGCCGGAGCCUUUGGAGUGAUAAUCAAAUCAGAGCAAACGGACAAGCUUUCAGAGGGAUCAGAGUUCGUUGACGGCUUAACUCCUGGGCUCAUGGAACUCUCCAUACGACCUUUCCUCUCGUGCCACAGUCCAGUUGUCCUGUGCUUCUCCCUUUCCUUCUCGUUUGUCCGUUACCCUUGA